AUGGUCGUCAAUUCUAGAUAUAAAGGCGAAGUUUCAAUUUUGAUAUUUUUGUCAAGGGCUUCUUCUAAAGAGUUUGGUGCUAAAAGAGCGUCAAUGAUAGCAUUGAGUUCCGGUUCGGGGGGGACUAUUCAUCACCACCCACAAAGAGAGUGCCGACCGCCAUCCAAGAGAAAAUCAAGUUCUCUCUCUCGCUUAAGCCUCCACACGCCCAUAGCCCACAACAAACCCUCUCGCCCAAGCCUUCUCCUUCUCACCAAUAGCCCACCUGCCAUGCACCAAACCUCCACAAUAGCCCACAACACUAGUCGCCUCUCUCUGCACCUCACAAACCCAUACAAACCGACUUCCAUGGCCACCCACACAAGCUGA